CUUAUUUAAAAGUAUUAUAAUGCUGUCUUUGAUAACAAGCUUACUUGUAAUAUAAGUAGGUGUUUAGUGUCAGACGCUAACACGAUUAUUCAGCUGUCGUGGCUAGCCGUUAGCUUAGCAAACCCAUUAGCAUAGAUCAGUGAGCCGAUGCUGUGAGUGGAGCUGCUCCGUGGCGCCCCUCAUGUACCUGUUUCCACUUUAUUUCACAGGCUGAAUUUAUCGACUGUAUAGACGCGAAGAUGGCGCACAUUGGGGCAAUGGAAGACGCACCCGUGGAUGAUUGCGCUGCCCAGCAGGGGUCUAGUGUCUGCCUGCGAAGUCGACCGUGUUCCAGCGAGAGAGACGGCCAGGUACGGGCUGUCAAAGCUGCUCUUCAGUCCAGGUUGGGGCCCUACGAGCGCGUCCUGACCUACCUACAGUCCGUCCUAGUGUGGGAAAGACCCGUACAGUGUGUGCUACUCUACGUUGUGGUUAACGUUGUGUUUUGGUUCUUCGCCCUGACCUCACUGCGCCUGCUGUUCCUGCUGGCUUCUGGUCUGGCUGUGAUUGUCUGUGUUGAUACCUGGAGAAAUAAGAUCUGGCCGGAGAUAAGAGUAAGAAGCCUGGACGAAUCAGAAAAUGAGAGCUGGGGUCUUGUGCAGCCUGGCAUCCUCAGUGUGCCUGAACUGUGCCAUCACCUCGCUGAGGCCUGGGUCAGCGUAGCAGUUCUAACAUCCAGUGUGUUGCAGUACAAACAACAUAACCCUGGCACUUUCUGCAUCAUGACCUGUGGAGUGUUCACCUGCUUGGCUAUGAUUGGACGCUACAUUCCUGGCGUGGUGCUCUCCUACUCUGCUGUGUGGGCGAGUCUGCUGGCUCCUCUAGGAGCCUAUCACAGGGUUUUUCAGCAUGUGUGCAUGAAGCUGGACCCGGUCCUGCAGCGACUGGACUUCAGUGUUUGCGGAUACAUGAUGUCAAAGCCUAUUGAUAAUCAGUUCCUGCGGCGGCCUAUCCAUGGUGCAGCUGCAGGUAGAGACAGUGAUAGUGAGGAGGAGGAGUUGGCUGCUUUCUGCCCAACAUUUGAUGAUGCUAUUGUCGCGAAGGAACUUGCACUGACCGAUUCUGAGCACUCUGAUGCUGAGGUGUCCUACACUGAUAAUGGAACAUUUAACCUAUCACGUGGCCAGACCCCACUCACAGAGGGCUCUGAGGAUCUCGAUAGACACAGUGACGCGGAGGAAUCCUUUGCUCAAGACCUCCCAGACUUCCCCUCUAUAAACCCUGAUGCGACUCUGAUGGAUGACGAUGACGACACCAGCAUAGGUCUACCUAGCCUGGCUAUGUCUGGGCUAGCUAGCCACCGGGCUUCAGUUCUGGAUGUAGAUGCUCAUCUGGAUUCGGAUCAGGAGGAUCUGGAUACAGAGCUUUCUCUCAGCGGCCUGCCCCCUGCAUCUGAUUUUGCAGGAGACCUGGCUGGAGUUAUCGCCAGCAACAUGAUCCAGGCAGCGCUGGCCGGGGCACUGCAACCUCGGCCUCCCGCUUCCCAUCGCAGAGAAGGCCCUCCCAGGGCCGGGGCCCACCGAAGCUAUCGUAAGCAGUCCAGCUCCGAGCUGGACACGGACUACGACGGAGAGGACUUUGAAAUGCUGGAUCAGUCUGAACUGAACCAGAUGGAUCCCCUCGGAGGAGGAGGGGGUUCUAGACGUGGAGAGAGCCAGGGUUCUAACUUCUUGUCUAACCUGCUGGGUAAACCACAGUAAAGUGUGUGUGUGGAUGAGAGUGUGUGUGAGCGCAUGUGUUUGUACGCAUGUGUGAACGAGUGCAACUUCAUGGGCAGUGUGUGUGAGUGUGAGCAGCCCUGCUUCUGAUUGGCAUCACUGUGAAGAACUUUAAUGUUUUCUAUCUUUUCAAACUCUAUUAACUCGUACUUUUAAACCCUUAUCAUCCAGAAUAUUUUUACUUUGUAGGCUGAGCAAUAGGAAAUGCAACAACAAACCCAUUCAGACAUUAAAUAAACCAGCAUUAUUGAGCCUUGUCGCAGUCUUGUAAUUAUGUGCAAGCAUAAGUUACAAGGGUUCUUCUAUUAAUAAAGAACAACAGUGCCCAUAAAAUCUUUUCUACCUGGAGGUCGAGACAUACAGGGCUAUUUAACAUGGGACCAAAUAUGACAUUCCUGUUGGUUGAGCUGAGCCAUGUUACUUCGAUAUUAACAUUAUGGAACAGCAUUACAUGUUAAAGUUUCUGUCAUUGAAGUAAAUCAACCCUUCAUUUAUUUUUCCAUCACCAGCAGUUCAUGUUGCUGUUGUUAUCAGUGCUUUGUUGUCCUCUCAAGCAACAUGGCUAUAAUCUGAUUAUUUAUUUAAUGUCACAGGUUUACAGAUUUUAAUUUACUUUUUUUUUAAACAUUUGUCAGCGGUUGGGAAUUUAGACAGUGAUUCUCUUCUUUCAUGAAUUAAUUAACCCUUAAACCGCUUAUCUACUGAACAUGAGUAAUAUUUGGAUCAGUUCUCUGUAUUCAUUUCUAUACUUUUUUCCAUUUCUGCUGUUUAACGUGAAGAAUCUUUAUGCAUUUUGAGAGCUUAUUUCUUUCAGUAGAACACAUUACAGUCUUAAGAUAUUUGACCUGGAGGAAGACUUGAUGUUAUGUUUGUUGUUCAUUGUAUUUAUGAACUUGUGCCCCAGGGUAAGGUCUGUUUCUUCUUUUCUGUGUGAGUAGGUUAAAAAUAUCUGUCAUUUUCCUGCCCUUUAAAACAGCUCAAUAACAUAUUAUUACCAUGUUUAAUACCUUGAAUGAGCCCUCAGCUGUGUGUUUUCCAAAAGUAAUAUUUAAACACAUUUCUUUUUAUCUUUUGUCAUCCUUGUAUUUCAUGUAGUUGACAGUCAUGCUGAACUUUUUAAGAGAAAAUCAAAUAUUCUUCAAUUCAUAGAUCUUUCACUAUUUUAAUGGGGAAACAUGUUUACAUGAAAAUUGGGUAAAGAGAGUUAUCCUUGCAUCAUUUUUUUUAAAUGUUAGUAUGUAAAGGUUUAAAGGAUUUUGUUUGCUGGUCAGCCUGAUUUCCCUUUGAUGGAUGAACCAUGUCAGUAUAUGAAAACUUUACUGUGGAAAUGGCACUUAAAACUCAAAUGAGCCACAGUUAAGAUUUAUCGAAAUGAAAUAUAUCAAAGAGUUUUAAAACAUGCUGGGUUUAUAUUAGAGAAAAUCACAUUGCUCUUGUUAACUGCGUUAUUUUGAGAAGAAAAUUAUAGCUGCAAAAGAUUUAGCACAAUUUUAAAAAAAACAAAACUGCUGGAUUCAUAUUCAUGGAGGUGAUUUAGAAAAAAUGUGCACUGAUAGGAAAUUGCUGGGAUUUUUUAGGCUGAAAAAAGAAGUCAGUCUUAGGUGUUUGACUUGGUUUGGCCACUUAAGUUAACCAGAAUGUUGCUCAUUGCUGCUCCAUGAAGAGUCAGUUCCUCAGUAUGAGUGAUCUGUAGACAGUUUGAUAAUGUCAUGUGCAUAGUAGUGUAUUUACUUCUCUGUAACUGGUUUUGAUAUGUUUUGAUGUGCAAAUCGUAUUGAAUAAAAUGUUUGCAAUUAA